AGAGUUGAGCACAGCUGGUUAUUGUUCCUGUUGUUCCUGCUGCUGUCAUUGCUGGGGGAUCAUCAACACUGGGCAGCCAGCGGCAGCAGCAUUGUCGAACCUGAGGAGGCGGCAUUUCAAGGUCACUGCGGCCACACGAGUCCCUGUGAGCAGCUGUGCUAUGAGAUCCAUGAUGGCAUGUAUGAGUGCGAUUGCAUCGAGGGCUACGAGCUGAACAAGAAUGGCUACAGCUGUCAAGUCAUAAAUACGACAAACAGCGGCGGGGAUUCACCUGGCAAGUCGGAUGAGGAUGUGCUGUAUCAGAAGGGCGCCUCAUUUAGCGCCAAGUUGGCCAACGACAGGCCGGAAAUAGCCAACAAUCGCUUUGCAGCCGAUGGAGCAAAUUCUGACUCCAAUUUAGAUUUGUCUGACUCCGAUUCCGAGUCCGAAUCAGGUGCGGAUUUGGAGGCGGAUAACAAUAGCGACAGCUACGAUUACAACGAUGACAAUUUGGAUGGGAUGCAACAGCAACAGCAACAACAGCAACAGCAACAAAAUGUCAAUUCUAACGAUUAUUACAUAUCAGCCGAGAGCAUUAGCUUCAAUUCAGAGAACGAGAAUCAAGAACUGGAUGCGCCUGACUUUAAGGUGGCAUCCACAGCUGGCACCACAACAACAACUCCAAGACCCACCACUACAAAAACAACAACAACGUUGUCGACAACUGCAACAAGCACAAGCAAAGAAGCUCAACAUAAUGUAGUGGAUUAUGCAGAUGAUAGGGAGGUGGAUGGGGAUGGGGAUGUGGAUGAGUAUUAUAGCUACAAAUCGGACAUGUCCAUCUAUGACGAUGUCAAUAAUAAUCAAUUAAACUUAAGACGCAGCAGUAACAGCAACAGCAAUUCGCAUACAUAUCAAAUGACUAGCAACAACAACAACAACAAGAACUAUAACAGCAACAGCAACAACAACAAAGUCGCAAUGCAUAUCAAUAAAAAUGCUGCCAAUAGCAACAUCAUAUCAGAAAAAACAACACCACCAACAACACUCAGCAGCCCACUCUGUAAUUUGGACUGCGGCACCGAGGGUAUCUGCGCCCUGGAGGCAACCUCGACCAUUGCCCGCUGUCUGUGCCCCUUUGGCAAGACGGGCAAUGGCUGCCUGGAAGAUAUUAGGGCUCACGUGCCGAGGUUUGCGAAACGCUCCUGGCUGGCAUUUGCGGCAUUGCAUGGCGCCUACAAGCAUGUCCAGCUGCGGCUGGAAUUCCGUCCAGAAUCCUUUGAUGGCAUCAUAUUGCUGAGCGGGGAACGUGAUGAUUUGACAGGUGACUUUAUGGCUCUGCUGCUCAACAAGGGCUUCGUGGAGUUCUGGUUCGAUUGUGGAUCCGGUGUGGGCAGUGUGCGUUCCAGGGAAACGAUCAUGCUGAAUGAAUGGAAUUCGGUCAUCAUUUAUCGCCAUCGCUGGGAUGCCUGGAUGGUGCUCAAUCAUGGCACCAAGGUCCAAGGCAGAUCAAAUGGUCUGUUCUCAAGGAUUACCUUCAGGGAACCGGUCUUCCUAGGCGGGAUUGGCAACAUCACCGGCCUGGCGAAGCGUCUGCCUCUGGCCGAGGGCUUUGCCGGCUGCAUCCGUCGCUUUGUGGCCAACGAGCAUGAUUACAAGUUUACGGAUCAUCCGUUGGGCGAUGUCAUCAAUGGCUUCGAUAUACAGGACUGCUCGACGGACAAGUGUGUGCGUUAUCCUUGCCAACAUGGCGGCAAGUGUUUGCCCUCGGAUCAGGGCGCCGUUUGUCUUUGUCCCAUUGGAUUUGUGGGUGAUCUCUGCGAGAUCCGCAUGGAUCUUCAGGUGCCCGCCUUCAAUGGAUCCUCGUUUCUGCGCUAUGCGCCGCUGGGCAACAGUGCUCUCAUCUGGCUGGAGCUAAAGGUCAUACUGAAGCCGGAACAGUCAGAUGGCCUGAUCCUUUACUCAGGCCCGGAGCAUCGAGGCGACUUUAUAGCACUCUAUUUGCUCGACGGAUUCGUGGAGUUUGCCUUCGAUCUGGGCAGCGGUCCAGCUGUGGUGCGGAGUGAGUACUCGCUGAGCCUGGGACAAUGGCACACCAUCAAGAUUUCCCGCACUGCUCGUCUGGCCGUGCUCAAGAUCGAUCAGCAUCAGGAGGUCAUGACCAUAUCCUCGAAUGGCUUCUGGCAUCUGUCGCUGGCACAGAAUCUGUUUGUGGGCGGUGUGAAUCACGUGGACCACCUGCCACUGGACCUCAAGUACAAGUCCUUCUUUGUGGGCUGCAUUCAGCGCAUUGACAUCAAUGGACACUCGCUGGGCAUUGUGGCAGAGGCACUGGGUGGCAGCAACAUCGGCAACUGCCCGCACGCCUGUGUCGCCCGUCCGUGCGGUCCGCUCGCCGAGUGCGUGCCACAAAUGGAGAGCUACGAGUGCCGCUGCAGCAUCUACAACGAGCGUUGCAACAAGGCGGCUGAAGUGCCACCCGAGCUGCUGCCAAAGUUAUCGCUCCACAAGGCACACAAUGGCAAACCACUUGAACGCAAACAAUACAAAGGAGUUGGCUCGACCUCAUCAUCAUCUUCGUUGCCGCCUGCGUUGCUCCCCAAGAAGUUGUGGCCCCACAAGAAGCAUGCCACAAAGCGCAAGAAUUUGCACAAACCAACUGCCACACCCACUACCACCACCACCACCACCACCACAACAACAACAACAACAAGCAGGCCCGCUACAACAACAACAUUUGCUGGAGUUGGAGCGCACAGCAAUGAGGAAAUCGAAGAUGAUAUCAUUUUCCGCUUUGUGCACGAAAAUGCAGGCAUGCAAAAUGCCGCACAACGUGCCACAAGCACUGAGGGGCAAAUACAGACGCCGAGGGCAGAGGAGGUGGGCAAGUUGAAGAAACAGUCGACUCUCCUGAGCAGGCAUGUUGGGAAGCAGCAUGUGAGCAAGCAUGAGCACCACCAGAAGCCCAAUGCCUUUACACUACACAAGCUGAGUCGUCUGCCCACCCACUAUGAAAGUUUCCAGACGAAUCCGGACAGCGAUAUACUCACUUUUGAUGAUAACAAUGAUUGGGUGGCCAGUCUGCAGCAGCAGGAGUAUGCGGAUGCCAUGGCAACCAGUCAAAUGGGCAAAGCUCAGAGCUCAGCUGAUGUUGUUGACAAUGCGAAUCCCAAUUUAAAUGUUGAGCUUGAAUCAGAUACGGAUACGGAUGCGGAUACGAGUGGUUUUGUCUUUGACGAGUCUCUCUUUGAUGCCUCCGACGGCACCGAGGAUUACCAACGCAAGCAGCUUGCUCAGGACAUGAAGCGCAUCAUGUCCAACACACAUGCAAACGCACACACGCCGAAGCAGGAUGAGGAACAUUCAAAGACUGCGGCUAUCGAGAUGCAGUACAGCGAGGAUUACAGCGAUGAUGAGCUGCUAACGCCAGUGCUCAAGUCGGAGUCUGUGCCAGCCAUGUCGGUGGAGGGAGCAGCAGCAGCAGGAGGAACACCUCCUCCUAGCACACCACAAACCCACACCGACUGGAGUCUGUUGAAGAAGUUCGACUUGUCCGCGGAGCAUCAGUCGCAGGUGCAGAGAGUGCGCAAGAACUUUGGCGCCUGCUUUGCUGGCACCGACAGCUACUUCCAUUACAACGAUGCAGAGACCAUGAGCCAGGUUAUCAGCUACAAUAUCGAUCUGAAUCUGCGCAUCAAGACGCACUCGGAUAAUGGCGUCAUACUCUGGACGGGCAGACAGGGCACCACAGAAGAGCACGAUGACUACUUGUCGCUGGGUAUUGAAAAGGGAUAUUUGCAUUUCCGUUACGAUCUGGGCGCUGGCGAGUUGGAUAUACGUUUCAAUGGCACCAAGAUCAGCGAUGGACUCUGGCAUCGUGUUAGGGCCAUAAGAAACUCCCAGGAGGGCUAUCUGGAGGUUGAUGGACGCAAGACCUCGACACUACGAGCUCCUGGCAAGCUGCGUCAACUGAAUACCGAUACUGGGCUCUUUGUUGGUGGCAUGCCAGAUGUGUCAUACUUUACGCACCAGCGCUAUUUUAGCGGCAUUAUCGGAUGCAUAUCAGAGAUAGUUUUGGCUGGGGAUAAACUUAACUUUGAUCCGAACACGUUGGGCACGGCGCACAAUGUGGAAACCGGUCUACUAUGAAACGCUGCACUUACGCCUCAAGACUUUUGAUAUCAAAUAGUUUAAAUGUUAUGUUUUCAUUUAGAAAUGUUUACAAAUGUCUUUUUCGUUUGUGUUUGUACAAAGACGCUUUUAAAUAUCAAUUGAAACCAAGAGAAAAAGGAUGGAAUUUUUUUACGCCAAGUGAGAUGAAAUGAAACCUAAGUAAAUCUAGUGCAUAAAACGAAACCCAUACUACAUAAUAUAUAGUGCAUACAAGAACAUAUUGAUUAUAUACAAAAAAUAUGUAUACAAGUAUAUAUUUGAAGAAACAAAGGUAAAAUCCCAAAAGGCAUGCUUCACAUAGCCUGUGACUGUCAAUACUUCAGAAUGGAAUAGUUUAUAUAUAACUUUAGCAAAGAUUUAUAAAAACAAAACCAAAUGAAAAAAAAAGACAAAAACAAAAAAAAAACUAUGCGAAGAAAUAUCUAUAAAGAAAUGUAGAAAAUGAGAUAUGAGAAAAUGAAAAGAGUGUGCACAUGUUUUAUGUCCAUUUUUAGCGCUUGAUUUAAGUGAACGUUACGCUUUAUGUGCAGACUUUUUGUAAGACAGACACAAAUACACACAUACAUAUAUACACUGAGAGAAAGCUGUAGACAACACUGAUACACAUGCAUAUAUUGGCAAUACUUUCGUUUUUCGCAUUGCUGUACCUUAAGAAACUAUAACUGUACAUUCUGUACUUAUUGACACUUCUUGGAAGUUCUUUAACUGUAUUGAACAAAAACAACAAACAACAAAUACAAAAGAAGAGUAAAACAUACUUAUUAAAUGGUAAGUUAAUAAAUGUGUAGCGUGUAUUAGUCUGUAAGUUAGCACACAAACACAAUCACAGACACACACAUACACACACUCACUAUGCCUAUGUAAACUUUAAUAUUAACUAAAUACACCAAAGAAUCGAAAUGAUAACAACAACAACAACAAAACAUACGUAAGCAUACACUAUAAUCACACAUACCAACACACACACACACACACUUAACACGCGCUGAACCAGAAUUGAAAUAUGUGAGCGAUUUUUAACAAUUUAUACUACGAUACAAAAUACAACAGACAACAACAACAUCAAGAACAACUAGCUAAAAACGAAACAAAAUACCAAAAAACAACAAAUUAACAAAUACAUAAGCAAUUAAACAAUCCCAUAGCGAAAUUUUUAAAUGCUAACAACAUAAAUCAUAAUUAAAAUAAAUGAACGAAAAACUAAAUUAGCCUGUUGAAAAUUGUAAGAGAAAAAAUGCAAGUACACAACGUUUGUAUUCAUCUUAUGAGUAUGAUUUUGUAGCUUAAUAAUAACAUCUACGUACAUAGCUAUAUAUAAAAAUACAAAAUACUUAUGCGUAAAUAUAAAUAUAUAAAUAUGAGAAAAACUAUAGUGAAAAAAACAAACGUAAAAUGAAUAAAGAAAUCACAACCACCAAUCAAUGUAAAACUAAAUUAAACGACAUUCAAUGUAGCUUAUUUAUAACGUACAUAUGAGAAAACGAUGCAUUGAAAUAUUUAAUUUCGUACAUUGGUUUGCAGAAAAUAAAAAUAAAAAUGAUUCUUGAA